AGGGGGGCGGAGACAACCGGGAGACUGCUUCUGGUUGACCUCUAGUAAUGUGGGUCCGGGUUAACAACUGUCAGGAAUUCGUAGAUGUUCGUUACCGGAUUCGUCUCGCUUCGCUCUUUACUUCUCUCUAGAUCUAGACGUUUCUUUCUUGAGGUUUCAGCUAAUAUACCUUUUCCUUUGUUCGUUAAAAUAAUAAUAAUAAUUUCCUAGGCUGAUUUUAUUAGGAAAACUGACCCACCCACAUUACCCAGGAGGCACCGCGAACAGACGCUGGUACCGUAUUUCCCAGAGUUCCCUGCAUCUUUCGCAAGCGUUGAAGACGUCGAAGCCAAAAUGGCGACCGGAACAGGCAAGCACAAGCUGCUGAGUACUGGCCCGACAGAGCCAUGGUCCAUCCGAGAGAAGUUGUGUUUAGCAUCUUCUGUUAUGAGGAGUGGAGAUCAGAACUGGGUAUCAGUUAGCAGAGCGAUCAAGCCUUUUGCAGAACCUGGCCGGCCUCCAGACUGGUUUUCUCAAAAACAUUGUGCUUCUCAGUAUUCAGAGCUCUUAGAGACUACUGAGACUCCAAAACGGAAACGUGGUGAGAAAGGAGAAGUGGUAGAAACUGUUGAAGAUGUUAUUGUUCGGAAACUGACUGCUGAGAGAGUUGAGGAACUGAAGAAGGUGAUCAAGGAAACACAGGAGAGAUACAGGCGACUAAAAAGAGAUGCUGAACUAAUUCAAGCUGGACACAUGGACAGCAGACUGGAUGAGCUUUGCAAUGACAUUGCAAUGAAGAAGAAAUUGGAGGAAGAAGAGGCUGAAGUAAAAAGGAAGGCUACAGAUGCUGCAUACCAGGCUCGGCAAGCAGUAAAAACACCUCCUCGAAGGCUACCAACUGUGAUGGUCCGUUCACCUAUAGAUUCUGCCUCCCCAGGAGGUGAUUAUCCACUUGGAGACUUGACUCCAAACACUAUGGAAGAGGCUACCUCUGGGGUAACCCCUGGGACUUUGCCGAGUACCCCAGUCACCUCGUUUCCUGGGAUUCCUGACACCCUUCCUCCAGGCUCUGCACCCUUAGAAGCCCCCAUGACCCCAGUAACAGAUGAUUCACCCCAGAAAAAGAUGCUUGGACAGAAAGCAACUCCACCCCCCUCCCCUCUGCUGUCAGAGCUCUUGAAGAAGGGCAGCCUCCUGCCUACUAGCCCCAGACUGGUCAAUGAGAGUGAGAUGUCUGGCCACCUGAACAGCACAGGUGUUCUCCUGGAGGUAGGCGGGGUUCUUCCCAUGAUACAUGGUGGGGAGAUACAGCCAACAACCAGUGCCGUUGCAGCCUCCCCUGCUGCCUCAGGUGCUCCCACUCUUUCCCGGCUUUUAGAAGCUGGUCCUACACAGUUCACCACUCCUCUUCCUUCCUUCACUACUGUUGCCAGUGAGCCUCCAGUUAAACUUGUGCCACCCCCUGUAGAGUCUGUGUCCCAGGCUACCAUUGUCAUGAUGCCUGCGCUGCCAACACCAUCCUCUGCUCCGGCUGGCUCCACUCCUGAAAAUGUAGCUCCAGUGAGUCAGCCUGACCCCUGUGUUCCCUGUGAUGCCGUGGGGGAUCCACAUACUGUGACUGUUUCCAUGGAUAGCAGUGAAAUCUCCAUGAUCAUUAAUUCUAUCAAAGAAGAGUGUUUCCGAUCAGGGGUAGCAGAGGCUCCUGGUGGAUCAAAGGCUCCAAGCAUAGAUGGAAAGGAAGAUUUAGAUCUGGCUGAGAAGAUGGAUAUUGCUGUGUCUUACACAGGUGAAGAGUUGGAUUUUGAAACAGUUGGAGACAUUAUUGCCAUCAUUGAAGACAAGGUCGAUGAUCACCCUGAAGUGCUGGAUGUGGCAGCUGUAGAAGCAGCACUAUCAUUCUGUGAAGAAAAUGAUGAUCCGCAGUCCCUACCUGGCCCUUGGGAACACCCUAUCCAGCAGGAGCGGGAAAAGCCAGCACCUCUUCCGGCACCAGAAAUGACAGUCAAACAAGAGAGACUAGACUUUGAGGAAACAGAAAACAAAGGCAUCCAUGACCUGGUAGACAUCAGGGAAUCAGGUGUUGAGAUUAAGAUGGAACCUGCAGAGCCAGAGCCAGGCAUGUCAGGGGCUGAGAUAGUAGCUGGAGUUGGUCCAGUCUCAAGUAUGGCACCACCAGAACUCAGGAGUCAAGACUUAGAUGAAGAACCUAGAAGUUCUGCAGGUGGAGAGAUUGGUGAAACAGAUGGUUCCAGUGGGAAAGACGAUGAGAUGCCACUUUCAACUGUGAAGACAGAGGCAUCUCCUGAAAGCUUGUUGUCUCCAUCACAUGGUUCAAAUCCAAUUGAAGAUCCUUUAGAGGAUCCGCACAAAUUUGAAAUAUCAGACUCAUUGAAAGAAGAAUCAGGGACUAUUUUUGGAAGCCAGAUAAAGGAUGCUCCAGGUGAUGAGGAGGAAGAAGAUGGAGUCAGUGAAGUAGCUAGCCUAGAGGAGCCUAAGGAAGAGGAUCAAGGAGAAGGCUAUUUGUCUGAGAUGGAUAAUGAACCCCCUGUGAGCGAAAGUGAUGAUGGCUUUAGCAUACAUAAUGCUACACUGCAGUCACACACACUGGCAGACUCUAUCCCAAGUAGCCCUGCCUCUUCACAGUUCUCUGUGUGCAGUGAAGACCAAGAAGCAAUUCAGGCUCAGAAAAUAUGGAAGAAAGCCAUUAUGCUUGUGUGGAGGGCUGCAGCAAAUCAUAGGUAUGCCAAUGUGUUCCUGCAACCUGUUACAGAUGACAUAGCACCUGGCUACCAUAGCAUUGUGCAGAGACCUAUGGAUUUGUCAACCAUUAAGAAAAACAUUGAAAAUGGACUGAUCCGCAGCACAGCUGAGUUUCAGCGUGACAUCAUGCUGAUGUUUCAGAAUGCUGUUAUGUAUAAUAGCUCAGACCAUGAUGUAUAUCACAUGGCAGUAGAGAUGCAGAGAGAUGUCCUGGAACAGAUCCAGCAAUUCUUGGCCACACAGUUGAUUAUGCAAACAUCUGAAUCUGGAAUCAGUGCUAAGAGUCUUCGGGGGAGAGAUUCUACCCGAAAACAAGAUGCUUCAGAGAAGGACAGUGUCCCCAUGGGCUCUCCUGCCUUCCUUCUCUCUCUCUUUGAUGGGGGAACCAGGGGACGCCGCUGUGCCAUUGAAGCAGACAUGAAGAUGAAGAAGUGAAACCUCAGAGUUCCCUCUUUGAGCUGAACCUGAACUGGGAAUAAACAAGACAUAGCUUGGGGCUUGUGGGCUCAGAUCCACAUUUGAUCUUAGUCAAAAGGCUGAGAAGCAGUUAUGGGUCCAGAAGAGAAGGUGCCUGGGCCAAAUGACAUGAGUUGAGAAAAUCUCUUUUCAGAGAGUUGGAGUAGCACAAUUGCCCGUUUUAGGGCAAAAAUCAUGGGCUGUGUUAAUGCCCUACUGUGUAGCUAGCAGAUUGUAGCUAAUUUGUACUGUCUUGUGAAGUGUACAGACUUUUUUAAAGAAUAAACCUGUGAAGUGUGUGUAUAUAACAAACA